AUGCCCCUUUCCAAGCUGCAGGGCGUCAAGCUCCCUGCUUCGGCCGACUUCCAUGUCCACCUUCGUGAUGGCCCAAUGAUGGAGCUGGUGACUCCCACCAUUCGUCAGGGAGGCGUGAACACCGUUUUUGUCAUGCCUAACCUGGUGCCACCCAUUACCACCGUCGACCGUGCCCUGGACUACCAGAAGAGCCUACAGGCUCUCGAGCCCAAUGUCAACUUCCUCAUGUCGCUGUACCUCCACGAGACCGUGACCCCGGAAACCAUUAUCGAAGCUAAGAAGCGCGGCAUCACUGGCGUCAAGAGUUACCCGGCCGGUGUGACGACCAAUUCCUCCUCCGGUGUCGUCGAUUAUACCCAGUUCUAUCCCGUGUUCGCAGAGAUGGAGAAGCAAGAGAUGAUUCUGAACCUGCAUGGCGAAGCCCCCUCAGGUGAGGACGUGACGGUACUGACAGCCGAGGAGCGGUUCCUUCCUAAGCUCUUCGAGCUGCACGAGAAGUUCCCCAAGCUGCGCAUCAUUUUGGAGCACUGCACUACUGCCGCGGCCGUGGAGGCUGUCAAGAAGUGCGGACCCACUGUUUCCGGCACCAUCACAGCCCACCACCUGUCCAUCAUUAUCGAUUCGUGGGCUGGCGAUCCAUUCUGCUUCUGCAAGCCUGUUGCCAAGACCCCCGCGGACCGCGAUGCACUUCUCCGUGCUGCUGCCUCGGGUAACCCCAAGUUCUUCUUCGGCUCUGACAGCGCCCCGCACCCAGCGGCCUCCAAGCGUGGAGGCGAGAAGAUCGCUGCGGGUGUGUUCACUCAGCCGUACACCACUCAGGUUGUGGUCGACGCCUUCGAGCAGGCCUGCGACAACGGAGUCCUCAAGGAGGAGGAUAUAACACCAGAGAUUGUCGAGGGCUUCAUGAGCAAGUUCGGACGCGCCUUCUAUGGCCUGCCGGAAGAAAAGAAGGAAUUCAUCACGAUCGAGAAGAAGGGCGAGAAGAUCUCAGCAAUCCUCGAGUCAGACAAGAUCGACGUUGUCCCCUUCCGGAAGACCCAGGAGACAUGGAGCGUCUCUUGGUCUUGA